AUGACGACGACUGCGACCACCCUGAAGGGGCAGCCCCUCGACCGGGCUGCCUUCGAUUCCAUGAUGCGCCGGCGCAUGUUCUACACCCCCAGCUUCGAGAUCUAUGGGGGUGUUUCUGGCUUGUAUGACUAUGGCCCACCAGGUACCUCCUUACAGUCGAAUCUGCUGGACAUAUGGAGGAAGCACUUCGUUCUCGAGGAGGAUAUGCUCGAAGUCGACUGCAGCGUCUUGACCCCCCACGAGGUCUUCAAAACCAGUGGCCACGUCGACCGAUUCGCCGACUGGAUGUGCAAAGAUCCCAAAUUCGGCGACAUCCUCAGAGCCGACCACUUCGUUGAGGAUGUGCUUGAGGCGCGGCUGAAGGGUGACAAGGAGGCUCGUGGUCAGACAGUCGAGGAGAAGAAGAAGGACGCCAAGAGAGAGAAGAAGAAGUCCAAGGACCAGCAAGAAGCUGUCAAGCUCGACGAUGCUGUGGUCAAGGAAUACGAGGAAAUUCUCGCCAAGAUCGACAACUACAACGGCGAAGAGCUGGGUGAGCUCAUCAAGAAGUACGAUCUGAGAGUCCCGAAGAGCGGCCUGCAACCGACACCACCCGUCGCAUUCAACCUGAUGUUCCAAACCUCGAUUGGCCCGAGCAGUAAUUUGCCUGGCUAUCUUCGUCCCGAGACGGCACAAGGCCAGUUCCUCAACUUUGCCAAGCUUCUCGAGUUCAACCAGGGAGCCAUGCCUUUCGCCUCUGCAUCCAUUGGCAAGUCGUACAGAAAUGAGAUUUCCCCACGGGCCGGUCUGCUCCGUGUCCGGGAAUUCUUGAUGGCUGAGAUCGAGCACUUCGUGGACCCUGAGGGCGGCAAAAAGCACAGCCGGUUCUAUGAGGUUGAGGACAUUGAACUUGACCUUCUCCACCGCGAUACCCAGCUCUCAGGCAAGACCACGGUCCAGAAGAUGACCAUUGGGAAAGCUGUGAAGGAUGGCGUUGUGGACAACGAGACGCUCGGCUACUUUUUGGCCCGCAUCAGCCUCUUUAUGCAGAAGAUCGGCAUUGAUAUGAGCAAGCUUCGAUUCCGACAACACAUGGCCAACGAGAUGGCUCACUACGCGUGUGAUUGCUGGGACGCAGAACUUCUAACCUCCUCUGGCUGGGUGGAAUGUGUUGGCUGUGCUGACAGAAGCGCCUACGACUUAACGGUCCACAGCAAACAUACUGGAAAGCCUCUUCUUGUGCGACAGAGACUCGAAGAGCCGCGCAUUGUCCAGGAGUGGGAUGUGGUUAUCAAGAAGAAGAAGUUCGGUCCUGCUUUCAAGAAAGAUGCCAAGGCCAUUGAGGCUGUGAUUCUGGCCACCACACAAGAGCAGCGUGAGAAGCUGGCCAAGGAGAUAGAAGAGACCGGCAAGGCUGCCAUUGACGUCCCGGAGCUGGGUAAGGUGGACGUGGGCAAGGAUCUGCUUGCUGUGGAGUACAAGUCCAGAACGGAGAACGUUCGGGAUUACACACCCAACGUCAUCGAGCCUUCCUUUGGCAUCGGAAGAAUACUCUUUGCUCUUUGUGAGCACAACUACUGGACCCGAGCAAGCGAGGGUGGCGAUGAAGCUCGCAGUGUUCUAUCAUUCCCGCCUGCUACAGCGCCGACAAAAGUGCUCAUCGUACCUCUGUCUUCGAACGAUAAGUUUCGGCCAUACAUAACCAAGCUAUCCCAAAAACUGCGAUCCGCCAAGAUCUCAGCCCGCGUUGAUGACUCGUCUGCGACGAUCGGCAAGCGCUAUAGCCGAAACGACGAGCUGGGCACGCCCAUGGGCAUUACCAUUGACUUCCAGACAGUAGAAGACGGCACGAUCACGCUAAGAGAUCGUGAUUCCACUAAGCAGGUCCGCGCAGAGGAGGAGAAGAUCAUUGCCGCGGUCCGGGACAUUGUGAAUGGCGAUAAGACAUGGCAGGAUAUUGAGAAGGAACUGCCGAUCUUUGAAGGUCAGGAGCUCGCAAGCCGAUAA